UGUUUGGAAUGACCAGGUUUGUAUUUUGUCUGCAUGCCUCAAUCUCGGACGGGCAAGUAUUCGACCUGCCCCGGUAAACUUUAUAGGAAGUGCCGCAGUCGAAGGCAAGCAGAUAGACGCCAGAGGACUCCUCCCGCCCCCCAACGUCACCCAGACGACCAAGACCAGACACGAUGCAGAUCUUCGUGAAAACCCUAACCGGGAAGACCAUUACCCUCGAGGUCGAGAGCAGCGACACCAUCGACAACGUCAAAUCCAAGAUCCAGGACAAGGAGGGUAUACCCCCAGAUCAACAAAGAUUGAUUUUCGCUGGAAAACAGUUGGAAGAUGGCCGAACCUUGGCUGAUUACAACAUUCAAAAAGAGUCAACAUUGCAUCUGGUUUUAAGGCUUAGGGGUGGAACAAUGAUUAAGGUGAAGACACUUACUGGAAAGGAAAUUGAAAUUGACAUUGAGCCUACUGAUACCAUUGAUAGGAUCAAGGAGCGAGUUGAGGAGAAAGAAGGGAUUCCACCGGUCCAGCAAAGGCUCAUAUAUGCAGGAAAGCAGCUUGCGGAUGAUAAGACUGCCAAGGACUACAACAUCGAGGGUGGUUCUGUCCUUCAUCUCGUGCUUGCUCUAAGGGGUGGUCUGUAGCAGGAGCUUCUGAUAUAUGCUACUGCAAAGGAAGUGUGGGGCGUGGGGCCUCGACAUCCAAAAAAGAAAGAAAAAUACAUGGCACUUUUUGGGAAUGGAUUGCUGUGUUCUGAAUAGAGGCAAAUUUGCUGUUGUGAUUGAAAUAACAUGAAUGCUUAAACUGAUUGCACUUGCUAGCUCCAAGACUUGCAUGUUGGAUGUUAUACUAUUCCUGUUGUUCAGGUCUUCUUCUAUGGCUGUGUUGCAAUUUCUUUCUUUUAUACUCCUUAAGGGAUAUUUGUAAUUGUGUUUUUA